AUGAAAUUUCGUCCUUUUAUGAUGUUUGCUGGAAAUGGGUUGUUUUAUCCCAUUUUGGGUUUUGCGUCUUUUGUGGUUUUUAUUUACAUGUCUUUUGGAGGGUUAAGGUUUAGUCUUGAAGAGGAGAAAGAAUUGGGGUUUGUGAUGAGAAAUGGGACACGGUUUAUGUUGGAUGGUAAAGAGUUUUAUGUGAAUGGGUGGAAUUCUUACUGGUUGAUGGAUCAUUCUGUGGAUUUUUCGUCGAGAUUUAAGGUUCGUGAAAUGAUGAAAAUUGGUGCUAAAAUGGGACUCACUGUUUGUAGAACUUGGGCUUUCAAUGAUGGUCAUUAUAAUGCUCUUCAAAUUUCACCUGGUCACUUUGAUGAACAAGUUUUCCAGGCUUUGGAUUAUGUUAUAGCAGAAGCAAGGCAAAAUGGAGUCCGGCUGCUUCUUAGCUUAGUAAAUAACCUGCAACCGUAUGGUGGGAAGAGUCAGUAUGUCAAAUGGGCGUGGCAAGAAGGUGUAGGAUUAAGCGCGUCCAAUGAUUCUUUCUUCUAUGAUCCAUCAAUCCGUAGUUAUUUCAAGAAUUACAUCAAGACUGUCUUGACAAGGAGAAAUACUUUCACCGGAAUUGAAUAUAGAAACGACCCCACCAUUUUUGGAUGGGAAUUGAUUAAUGAGCCUCGUUGCAUGACUGAUCGUUCCGGAGACACUCUGCAAGAGUGGAUAGAAGAAAUGUCGGCUUUUGUGAAAUUGAUAGACAAUAAACAUCUGCUGACUAUUGGGAAUGAAGGAUUUUAUGGUCCUAAUGACCCAAAAGAUUUGACUGUCAACCCGAAUUAUUGGGCAUCCAAACUUGGAUCAGAUUAUAUUCGGAACUCCAAAGUCUCUAAUAUUGACUUCACCUCAGUUCAUAUCUACCCAGAUCAAUGGUUUCACGAGGAUGAGAAAGCAAUUGAAACUCAACUGAAAUUCGUCUACAAGUGGAUGCUGUCCCACAUUGAAGACGGUGACAAAGUACUAAAUAAGCCGGUCUUGUUCUCCGAAUACGGAUUAUCAAAAACAAACCAGAACUUCACCAUAUCCGCCCGAGAAAAGAUGUACGAAACAAUUUUAAACAUCGUUUACAAAUCUGCAAAGAGAAACAGGUCUGGAGCAGGUGCUCUAGUUUGGCAAUUCUUAGUUAGUGGAAUGGAAGACUAUACGGAUGAUUACGGGAUAGUUCCGGGGGAAAGUUCGUCGACACAAUCACUAUUUAUAAAACAUUCAUGCAGAUUGGCCAAACUCAAGGGAUGGAUUUCUCAACAGGAUGUAAAUUUCAAACAACUUUGUUAG